AUGUUACCACCUGUGCAGCUGCCGACGGCGGCCACAGACGAGUACUUGGGCCGCGUCAACCUGAUGUCCGGCUCUUCCGUGGAGCUCAAAUACUCCUUUGUCGACGCGGAGACGCAGGAGGAGGUGUCCCUCCCGCGUGUGAACCUGACUUUCUACGCCCUCAAUGUGGCCACACAGCAGGUGAUCUCCGCCAGUGGUUACAAGAAGACCUAUGCCUCAGAGGGCAUCUUCAAGAAGGACUAUUCGGACCACGGCGUCUCAUUCUCCUCCGGCAAUCCUUGCACUGGGCCCCUCGGGAGUGAGGAGUGCAAGCUCACUUUCUACUACACCCAGGCCUCGGAGAUCCGGGUGACCCUUUCAGCGCCUGGAGUGAGAGGCUUCGGGCAUCUCUUCUACUUCUCCGGCUCGUUUUGCAACUCGAUGGCGAUUCCGUCGGCGAAGUGCUACGACGAUGUUUGCCCUGAAGGCUACAGCAUCAAGCCAGGAGCGCUGGGCAUGUCCUGCGUCACCGAGGUGUGCGACACGAGCGAGUGCUGUGAUCGGAAGCCUGAUUCAGUGGAGUAUCCCCUCGUGCAAUCUUGCCACGGGAUGGAGCGAACGUGGCGAAAAUGCCCGAACCUCCCCGAUUGCCACGAAUGCUACCCGAUAGACUGUGUGUUCCACCCGUGGACCGAGUGGGUCAGUGUUGGCGGCUGCUCUGGACUUUGUGAGCGCACGAGGUACCCCGGCCACAACAACGAGUGUGGGAAUCCUUGCUCGGGACACACCAAGGAGACCGUUGUGCGCCUGGACGAUCCUCUGUGCUACCCGCCUUCCUGCAUCGAGCGCGAUCGGGACUGUGUCUGGGGCGCUUGGGAAGAGUGGAGCUCCUGUAAGCACCUCGAUGAGUGCUCGGUCUGCCAACUAUCUCAGAGAUAUCGGUCGAGGCAGAUUCUGGUGGACGCCACAGGGCUGGGAUCUCCUUGCAUAGGUGCCUGGAACGAAACCCGGCCCUGCCAAGCUUCCCAUGCCAUCGACUGUGAACUCUCCGAAUGGGCAGAGUGGACCUGCUGCAGCAAGAGCUGCGGAACCGGGUGGCAGGCAAGAAUGCGUCGUGUCAUCCAAGAGGCAAUGUUUGGAGGGCGUCCUUGUGCCCCAGAAUACCUUGACAACCAUGGGCUCGUUGUGCGUCAGACGCAGCCGUGCAACCAGGAGCCUUGCGACAGCCCGGUGCCUUGCGUGCUCUCGGACUGGAGCUCCUGGGAAGGGUGCAGCCAUCUGUCGCCGUACCAAAAAUUCCGCUUCCGCGAUGUGCUGCAGACAGAAAUGAAUGGCGGCAAGGUCUGCGAUGUCGACCUCAAUCAGACAGCUGGCUGCCCUGAGCCGCCCUGGGACUUGCCCAAGCCCAGCUGUGAGAUGAGCACGUGGUCCGAGUGGACGGAUUGCUCUGCCACCUGCGGCGGUCAGAAGCAUCGCAGCAGGAGACAGGGGCACAAGAUGCCGCAAGGGUGCGGGUCGGUUCGGCCCAUCUUGGGUUUCAAGUUUGCAAGUUGGGUUCAACUUUGA